AUGAACAUUCGAAGAAGCAAGUUGAUAAGAGGGGAUGCAGGUAAGGAAAAGAAGGGACAAGCACGCGAGUUCGUGCUCCUGUCGACGACAACAUCGGAAUGCAUGCAUCUGCCGCUUUCUUUGCGGCUUUUGCCUCAGGAAAGAGGAGAAAACGCGAACAAAGCAACGAGCAAAAGGCCGAAACUGCGGGGGUAAAAAUAAAAAUGUUCGUCGCCGGACGAAACCGCAUUCCGGAUUGCCGGGUCGCCGGACAAAGCGGCUCUCGCUGCUCGUCGUUCGCUUGGCUCACGACUCGAAUCCUCAUCCUCCGCUGCUUGUCCAGCUUCUAUUCGCUGCGCCUCCUCGUUCGUCCCCUUUCGUUCGUUCGUUCGUUCGUUCGUCGGCGUCUUUCUUCUCCGUCUCAUUCGAUUUCCUCCCCCUUGAAUCUUCAGUUCCGUCUAUGCCUUUCGACGAGAGCCUCUCGUUUUUUCUCUCUGUUAUCAACCGUUAGCGAUCCGAUUCUGCUUCGUCCCGACCGUGCCAUUAUUUUCCUUCGAAAUGUUCUCAAAGAGCGAGAAUCACCGUGGAAAGGGAAUCAGUCCUAGUUUUUACAAUUAGUCAUAUGUUUCUAUAUCAGGGAAACAAAUUAAUCUUGAAAGUUCUAGACCAGGAUUUUCUCUUGAUUCACUGUUCCUCGACUGACGAAACGAAUUGCUUUUCACGAAUUCUGCGUUCCGCGCAUAUUUUCCUUCAAAGUUUACUUCGUUCUAGCCCUCAUUCUUUCCUCCUCCUCUUUCUUCUACUUUUCCAACCUUGUUUCAACAUUCAACACUCCGUUUAUUAACAUUUCAGUUGCAUUAAUGCGGCCAAAGGUUGUUACACCAUUCAUGACGCACGGUAUCGCGUACACCGUGCGCAACCGUGAAAGUUUCACGUCUUCGCGUGAAAGGCUCUUACUGUAACUCGCAAACGAACCUACUACCGAAACUAAAUCCACACCUUCGUCGAAUUCUCUCCGUUUCUUCCAUUUACUCUCUGCCUGAUCUACUCUGUUAUUCCGAGCUUGCAACCAACUUUUCCACUCUCCUGUUCUCCUCCCUCCUCUAAUAUAAUACAACGUCUGUUUCGUAGCCUUCUACCACCAACCACCGAUCGCGAUCCAUCGAUCGCGAAAUCGCGGAACGUUGUUCGCGGUGUUUGA